AUGUUCAAGAAGUUCGACGAGAAGGAACACGUGUCCCACUGCAUCCAGCUGAAGACGUCGGCGAUCAAGGGCAUCAAGAGCCAGCUGGCGGAGCAGUUUCCGGGCAUCGAGCCGUGGCUGGGCCAGAUGAUGCCCCGGAGGGAGCCGGUGAAGCUCGUGCGCUGCCACGAGCACAUCGAGAUCCUCGCGGCCCGCGGCGAGCUGCUAUUCUUCCGGCAGCGCGAGGGCCCCUUCUACCCGACGCUGCGGCUGCUGCACCAGUACCCGUUCCUGCUGCCGCGCCAGCAGGUGGACAAGGGCGCCAUCAAGUUCGUGCUCAGCGGCGCGCACGUCAUGUGCCCGGGGCUCACGUCGGCGGGCGCGCAGCUGCUCCCCGCCGCGGCGCGCACGCCCGUGGCCAUCACGGCCGAGGGCAAGCAGCACGCGCUGUGCGUGGGCGUCAUGAGGCUGUCGGCCGAGGAGAUCGGCAGGGUCAACAAGGGCGUGGGCAUCGAGAACGUGCACUACCUGAACGACGGGCUGUGGCACAUGAAGGCGCACAAGUGAGCCCCGUGGCGGGGGGCGGGGGCGGCGGCGGCGGGAGAGACCCAGUAAAGCCUUGCCGCUCUUCCCGGUGUCCGUGCGCUUGUCCUCGGGCGUGCGCGCGCGCGCGUCCCCCGGCGGGGCGGUUGCCGCUGCUGCCGCGCC